AUGAAAAAAAUUGGUGGAAAUUUUUGUUUCACCUGGCCGGACAACAGCAACAUAAAGCCUACCGUAGUUACCAAACAGCUGAAAACCAUUGGUCUACCCUGUCGUGUUGAUGCUGCCAUUGACCGCAAGGAUGAAAUUCUGGUCUUCAAAGGCUGCAGUGUGUGGAGGUUCAACGCCUCGUCUCAAACUUUCCAACCGCAUGGAAAAACCGAUAACCUGGGCCUCCCCUGCAACUUGGACGCCGCGGUGGAGUGGCGGCCGGGCGCCAUCUUCAUCAAGGGCGCCCAGUACUGGAGGGAGGAGAACGACGUCAUGACCGUCCGCCACACGGACGAGCUCAACAUCUGCUCCUGGUCGCUGUGUGGGGAAGCUGAUUGGAUGCAGGAGACGAGGGAGGGGAACUUGCAGUGCAACGGUGACUCAAGGCUGUGUAGCUUGACGCUGAACCAGGUGACCCUGCCGGGCCUGCACAACGCCGGUGCCGGCUUUGACGGAGGCUUCGGCUUCGUGGACUGCUGGGUGAGGAACCACGCUCGCAGCAUCUACCAUCAGCUCACGCUAGGUAUCCGCCAUCUUGAUAUCGACCCCUGCUACAAAACAUGUGGGCUUGUGGGCACGUGUCAUUCAAUAGUCUGUGUCGGUAGUAUCUGCCCAAUCCUCAAGCAAGUUCGCCGAUUUCUGCGGGAUCAUCGCGAUGACGUCAUAUCGAUCAAUUUCAACCAUGAAAUCACCGAGCCUGAGAUCGUCUUCAAGGGACUUAACAAGCAGUUGCAACGCCAGUUGGGACCAAUGCUAAACUCUGGAUUCCGAGACUCAGGGGAGACCACUUGGCCCACUUUGGGUGAGAGCGUGCGCACCAACCAGCGAGUUUUCGUCUUCUACGCACCCAUCAUCGAAAGCGAGGCUCACCGGAACUCGUCCAACUACAACCUGACCUGGAUCCACAGUGAGAGAUUGCUAGGGAGCACGUGGAAGCCAUUUUCUAUCCCGAACACUUGUAAAGAGGUGGUGGAUGUGAGCCGAGCGAUGUGCCGCCAGAGACAGAACAAGGAACUCCUGGAGGUGUCCAUAGUUCCAGAGAGCCCCGGAUGCAACUCGAACAAAGCUCAGAAAUGCCAGCCGUAUCUUCACGAGGCGCUGAAGGCCUGUGAGGAAUCUAGACACCCGAACGGCAACUCUCCAAAUGUUUUACUAGUAGAUUACCCGGAAGAAAACAGCGACUCCAUUAACUCGGUCUUUCACGCUGUGUUCCAUCAAAACGUGAGGAAUAUCUUCAAGCAUCGGCCUCAAAGCUGUGUGGUGAAGAUCGACGCAGCCGUUAGUGUAGACGACGAUACGACGCUCUUUUUUGUUGGAGAAAAAAUUAUUGUGCACAAAGUGGCCCAAACAGAUGUGAAAAACGUACCUGGACUAUACAAUAUAGACACCGCAUACAAAAUUCCUGGAACCAACAUCAUAAAGGUUUUUAAAGGCUGUGAAUCAUGGGACGUCGAUGGCGCCAGCCUACUUCCUGUGACGUCAGACAGACAACAAAUACAGACCUGUGACGUUGACGCUGCCGUGGUGUGGAACUCGAAGGUUCAUGUUUUUAAAGGAUGUAGCGUGACGUCAGAAGGACUCGAACAAAACCCACUGCCGCAGUGGGGGCUGCCCUGCAACAUUGACACAGUUCUGCUGGCUAAAGGGGAGUUAAUUUUCUUCAAAGGAAACGAGUACUGGACAUACACGGCAGACAAAGAGAUCAAACAAAGGGGCAAUACUCUGGACUGGAGGAUUGAUGCAGUAAAAUGUCAAGAGAAUUAAGUUUCAUUUGUUAACUUUUAGACACUCUGUUGUUAAUUUCUUGAUUAGCAGAUCCUUUCAAAUGUUAAAUAUUUUUCCUUGUGUAGAAUAGAUCAAAUACAUCUGUGAGAUUUAAUUAAGUCAAUAAUAUUUUGAUGAUUUACCUUUUAAGUUGUACUCUGUAUUAACC